AUGACAUAUUGGCAAAUUAUAAAUGAUAUAUCGAUACAAAAGCGUCAGUUAUUGUGGCAGUUCUCCCAACAACGCCAACACAGGCAACAGUUGGCAGAAAUAUUUGAUCUGGCUGGUCAGAAUCAGGCGGCACAAUUGCUGCGCCAGUUUGAUCAGAUUGGGUGUGGGUGGCUGGGCAACGAUUGUGAUGCGCUGGGAAAGAAAAUGAUGUACAGUGGCAUAAAAAAAUUACGUGAACUACAGUCAAAAUAUGUGGUCGUAUACUACAAUAGUUGGCUCGUCGAUAACACGCUAUCAAUUCAAAUGGAACUCUGCUCACAAAACCUCCGCAAUAUAUUGAAACAUACAACAGAGAUAUUUUUGCGACAACCGGAAGAGCAACUGGAUUUAUAUGAGUAUUUCCUUUCGUGCGAAAUAUUCAAAGAGAUCUUAGAAUGCGUUCACUAUUUGCAUGAAUUGAAACCACCGAUUAUUCAUAGAAAUCUAAAACCAGAGAAUUUAUUAAUCGCUAAAAAUGUGGUUAAUGGCAGAUUCAUUAAGUUGGGUGACUUUAUGUUGGCUACGGAACACCAUGAUAUGAAUGACAAUACUAGAAAGCGACAUACGGCAGAUGUGGGAGACAUAAGAUAUAUGGCUCCCGAAGUAACGAGUGGCAAGGAUUAUAAUCAUAAAUCUGACGUUUAUGCAUUGGCAUUAAUUGGGGCAGAGAUAUUCGAUGUGGAUUUACAUGAUGAUUUAGAA